AUGAAUAGAAAUAAAGACUUGGAUGCACUCCUCUUUUAAAAGAACACUGAAUUAAAAUAAGACUUAGAGAAACCUCCCUAUUCUCACAUAGAUAUCACCAUUACAUCUUAUAGUGAAAUAUCUGAUGGAACUCCAAAUAAAUUUCCAAUCAAAAAAGUCUAUACAGAAUAAAAUUGCUUUUAACAUCAAAAGAAUAGAAUACUAACUCAAGAAGAAUAGAUCCACUAAUAAAAUCAAUUAUAGGUAUCAAAUUCAAUUCUUGAAUCUAUGACCCCAUAAAGAAUGAAUAAAUUAAUUGAUUGGUCUAAAUAUAAUGUAACACCUGGGGAUGGCAAAAAUAUCUUCCCCCAAGUUCAAGGACCAAGUAUCGAAUUUUCAAAUGAAAACUCAUUAAAUUUUAAAUAACCGUAAAAACUUAAUAUCAACAGCGAUAUUCUCUUAAAUAAAUACAUCGAAAUUGAAGAGAGACUUAAAUUGUUAUAGGCAAAGCAUAAAGACUUUUCAACUCUCGAAGCUCUAAGGGGUAAGAACCUACAAAUAGCCUCUUAGAAAAUUGUUAGUUAAUAAGAGGUUAUCAGAUCCAAAGACAAGAUUAUUGAUGAAUUAAAUUUAGAAAUCAAAAAAAGAAAGGAUUAUGAUAUAUAAAUUAAGGAUCUAUUAAAAGAAAUUGAGCAAAAGGAUUAAAUAUUAAGUGAAUUCGAAAAUAAAUAAGACAAGGAUAGAAUAAUUGAAAAUUAGGAACAGUAAAUUCAAAUUCUAACAAACAGAUUGAAAAAAGAGUUUGAAUAUCGAAAGCAGAAUGAAAACAUGUUGUCAGAAAUCAAAUUAAAAGAGAUUAAAAGAUCCACAGUAUUUGAACUCAAUACUAAAUGUCAAUCUUGUUCAUUAAGCAAAUAGGAAUUGAAAAAUAUAUUAUAAGAAUGCUCAAUUGAAGAUGAUAAGAAUAUUUUUGAAAGUGAAAUGUCUGUACCAAUUUAAAUCAGAGAAGUGGUUACAUUACUACUGACAAAGCAGAGAGAAUAGAUAGAUAUUGCAUUUCAAUAAUAUGAAGAAUAGUUAAAAGAGUUAUCAGAUUAAAUUGAGUAUUUCAAAGAGUAAAAUAAGAACUUAAUAGAUGACAACAAUAAAUUGCAUAACUAAUUAUCAAUAAUCUUAAAUGAAAGAGGAGAACAAGAAUAGAAAUUAUACGAAGAAUUUGAAAAAGUAAAAAAGAUCAACUACCAAUUAAUUUAGGAAAAUUCAGAAUUUAAAUAAUAAUUAAAAUCUCCCAGAAACUAAGAUCAUUAGAAAUCUAUCGAUUUAGAGAAUUUAGGUCAUUUUAAAUCAAUUUAAACAGAUAGAUCUGGUUUAAAUAAUGAAAUGGCAUAAAUUAAACAAUAAUUCUAAAAUUAAAUAAAGGACUUACUCGGAAAAAUAUCUGAAUAAGAAAAACAAAUAUUAUAGUUAAAGAAUGAUUCAUUUAAGAAUUUAUCAUCUUCUAAAAAGAAUAAGAAUUUUUAGAGUCAAAAUUUAUAAAAUGAGAUGAAACACCAGGAAUAAAAACUUAAGGAGAAAGAUAAAAAGAACAUUGAACUUUAUUCAUAAAUAAAAUAACUAUAGCAAGUCUAAAAAGAUUAUGAAUUAACAAUUUUUGAGCUUAAGGAUGAACUGGAAAAACAGAAAAAGAAAUUGUAAUAAAAAAAUACGGAAGUUAAGUAAUUAAUUGACUAGAAUAAAACCUUUUAAGACAAAAAUACGAAUCUAAAUCAAAAGAUUAUUUUGCUCUAAUAACAAUGCAUUUAGUAGGAAUCUGAUAUGAAAUUGAAUGAUACUAAAUUAUCACCAAACAAUAAAAGCAUUGAACAAGAUAGGGUGAUUAGUUAAUAUAUUUCAUCAAAUUUGAGUUAGCAAUAAUUAAAUUAAUUGGUGGAUGAAUAUAAGAGUUAUCAAUAAGAGUUUGUAGACUUGAAACAGGUUUUUACAGAGAAACUAAGAUAACAUGAAAUAUUAUAAAAUAGAAUAUCAAGACUUCAACAAGACAAUAACUAUUUGGCUUAGCAAAAUCAAAAGUUGAUGAUGGAAAAUUAGAGUCAAAAGGAUGAUAAAUUAACAAAAAGAACAUCUGAAGAAAUUACUACAGGAGUACGAUGUUCUGCUGCAACUGGAGAUUCAAUAAAUAUAAAAUCAUUCAUCCAAUUAGGAGAUGAGGAAUCUUUAAAGAGAAAAUAAUUAAACAUUCUAGAUCUGAUUUAGCCUGAAUUAAUGUCUACGGAAGAAACUCUUUACAUUCUUAAGGAAAUACUGAUUAGAUCCGUAAAGUCGAUAGAAUUGAUAAAGAAAAUAUAUUAGAUAAGUGAAAUAAAGGAAUUGCUGUUCAUCAUACAAUAGGUGGAUGAAAAGUAUUAGAGUUCCAACAAAAAGUUGACUAAGGUUAUCAGCUGCAUUUUAGGAGAAAAAAGGAAAAUAAAAUACACAAAUAGAAGUGAAAAGCCAGAUUUCUAUAAUUCUUGA